CCUCCCGGGCAGCAUGGCGGACGCAGAGCCUCUACCCAGCAAGAGAAAGCGCGAGCUGGACUCGGAGGAGGCGCAGGCCGCCAGCACAGAGGGAAAGAAGGCAGACGUUGGAAGUGGUACCUGUGCUCCUGUCCGCUUACCGUUCUCCGGCUUCAGACUGCAGAAAGUGCUGAGGGAGUCUGCGCGGGACAAAAUCAUUUUCCUACACGGAAAGGUGAUUGAAACCUCUGGGGAUGGCGCUGGAGAGGAUGCCGUUGUGAUCCUGGAGAAGAUGCCAUUUCAGGUGGAACAGGUGGCUCAGCUCCUGACAGGCAGCCCUGAGCUCCAGCUGCAGUUCUCCAACGAUAUCUACAGCACCUGUCACUUGUUCCCUCCAAGACAACUGCGUGUGAAAAUGAACUCCAGCUGUCUGCAUGAAUGA